ACCUUCUGGAGGCUCCAAGACUGCUCAAAACGGUUUGAAACAGUUUCCAAUCGAUUUGACGUGUCGAAAAUAGUAUAGGGUAUAUUCCAAAUUUCAGCUUUCUUGGUCAUGCUCUAUGAAGCAGAAAUUUGCCAUAUAGGUAAGGUACCUACCCUAUUUUCAAUCAGCCAAAUCGAUUAGAAACGGUUUCAACCCGUUUUGAGCAGUCCUGGAGCCUCCAGCAGAUUUUUGAAACUUGAAAUUUCCAAAAUGAAAAUUCUUGGAGCCUCCAGUUGAUUUUUGAAACUUGAAAUUUUGUGAAAAUUUCAUCAAAAAUGUGGUUGAAAGCCAAAAUUUACUCCGCCAACUAAUUUCAAUGCACUACGAAGUCGAUUACAGGUGGUUUCAAGUUGUUUUGAAACUUCUAGCUAUUUUUUGCACCUUCGUGGCCGAUAAGGAACCCGUUAUUUUUUUCAAAAUCUAUGUAUUCCAGUCUGAAACUUAUUUUUGUCCAUCGAUUUCACAAUUGUUUGAAAUCGUGAAAAAUUACCCUUCCACCCCCAUUUUCAACAUUAAUUCCGAGGUUUAUUGCACCGGCAGGCAUUUUCAAUCCAUUUCUGCUGGAGACUCCAGUAAUUUCCAAAACUCGCUAGUGACUCUAAAAAAAAACCUAAACUCACCAGUAUUCGACUUCAUUAAUUCGUGAAAUUUUGUGGAUAUUUCAAGUUAAAUCUGUUGGAGGCUCCAGAACUGCUCAAAACGGUAUGAAAUCGUUUCCUAUCGAUUUGACUGAUAGAAAAUAGGGUAUAUGCCAAAUUUCAGCUUUCUAGGUCGUUUUGGUAAAAUUUUGACUUCUUCCCUAAUCUUUGGCCUAAAUUUUAUUUUCGAAAAUUCACCAAAAAUCGAAAAAAUAAUACACUUUUGUGCUUGAAAUUCUUUUACGAAAUAUCUUUGAGGGACCGGGGGCACACAGUACGUCAGAAUGAUAUUCAUUUGACUUUUGAGUCAUUGGAAUUCCUACUAUGUAAAUUCGCCCCAAAAAAGGGAAAAAUAUGUUUGGCUGCUGUAGCGCACCUGUAUGAAGAGAAACGAGUUAAUAACUAUUCGAAUGGAUAGAAGGCGCUUUGUUGAAAUUAUUUUUAGAUUAGGUGGCGUGAGUCGCGUCUCUUGUGUUAGUUGUGUUUUUUGUUAUCAUCGUUGUUUUCAUUCAUAUUGUAUUUUUCAACGUAUUAGACGAUUUAACGUACCUAGUACACUCGUAUUUUUAGUCAAAAUUACCAUUUUAUAUGGUGUGUAUGUGAAUCAACCCAUCGAAAUCGAAGCUACGACCUAUUUUCCAGGAAAGUAAUUAGUAUAAUUCUUUCAUGUUGUAGGCACAGUCAUGAUAUUGUGGUCAGACAGACAGAGUUUCUGAUGAACACAUUCACAUCGUCAGAAGUUGAGCUCACGUAAGCCGUUCGAAAAAUAUGACGAACGCGCUAGCAAAAAUUCUUAUCAUUAGUGACGUACUCCACUCGGUGUGAGUGCAUUUUCAACGCUCCGACCGCCGAGUUCCGAACACACUCCGAACUAGGGAACCCAGGAAGUGUCCCCUCCCCCUCCAGGAAUUUGUAUGGAAAGUGGUCUCAUUGGUAGCCCUCAGCCCAUAGUGAGUCCUGGAAAUGAGCCAUUCAAGCACCUUCGUUGUAUUACCUACCACAACAAAAACUCCAAUUCCGGAUUUUCAUUGUAUCACUGCUGGCCAAUGGAGAACAACAUCCCAAUUGUGGACAAUCAAAGGCUUUGAAGAAUAUCACUGUAAAGUAAACGGAUUACUGCAGUCGUCAAACUUUGUUAGCAUUACAGAUCCCGAAUAUAGAUGGUACUUGACUAUUGUGACUGACAACCAGAAUACUAAAGCUGAUGCUGAAGAUUGUAUUGGAUUAUUUUUGAAUCUUGCCAAUGAUGAUGACAAUACGAGUAAGAUAUUAGCCAACAUCACUGUGUGUUUACUAGAUGCUGAAGGGAAUGAAGCUCUUGGUCGUCAAACCCAAGUGAUGUUCACAGCAGACAAUAAAGAACACGGAUAUCCGUGUUUUGUUUCAAAGAAGGAUUUGUUCAGUCCACAUAUGAAGAACAAAUUACUCAUUGAAGACACAUUAACAGUUUCAUGUGAGUUAAAGUUUGCUCCAGCGGGUGUGAUCGCGAAUGUCACACGACAGCGGCAAAGAGUGAAAGUGACAAUUUCUGACAAUCUACCAAAAAGAUUACAACGUUUGUUGCAUGAUCAAACUUUGGUAGAUGUAACUUUUGUGGUGGAUGGCAAGAAUUUCGGUGCUCACAAAAGUAUCUUAGCAGCAUGUAGCCCCGUUUUUGAGGCCAUGUUCAAACACGAUAUGCAAGAAAAUAGAUCGAACCAAGUUAACAUCUCAGACAUCCGUUCCGAAGUAUUCGAAGAAUUUUUACAGUUCAUGUACACUGACAAAACUCCAAAUUGCAAACUGGUGACAGAGUUAUUCUUAGUUGCUGACAAAUAUCAAGUCGAAGGUCUAAGGGUACUCUGCCAAGAAAUUAUAUUGAAGGAAUUAUCGGUAGAGAACGCGAUCGAUUUGUUAUUUUUUGCUGAUCUUCAUAAAGCAGAAGGAUUGCUAAAGCAAGUUGCAUUUUAUAUAAAAAUAAAACCUACCCAUAUUAUGUCAACCCAAUCGUGGAAAAAUGCCAUUUUGACACGUCCUCAUUUUUUUGAUCUUGUGAAUGGAGUAUGUGAAGUCCCGCGUCCUAUUGUAUCAUCAGAGCUUCAAGUUCCAUCCUCAAGUGACACAUCCAUCCAACGAAAACGGAAAAGAUCCGAACAACAAAUUACUCAUUGAUGACACAUUAACAGUUUUCUGUGAACUCGAGUUUGUUCCAAUGAAUAAGUACACGAAUGUACCACAACUGCAGGAUGGAGUGAAAGUGGCGCUUUCAGACGAUCUACCAAAAGGAUUAGAACGUUUGUUGCGUGAUCAAACUUUCGUAGAUGUAACUUUUGUGGUGGAUGGCAAGAAUUUCGGUGCUCACAAAGCUAUUUUAGCAGCCCGUAGCCCAGUUUUUCAGGCAAUGUUCAAACACGAUAUACAAGAAAAUAGAUCGAACGAAGUUAGCAUCUCAGACAUCCGUCCUGAAGUAUUUGAAGAAUUUUUACUCUUCAUGUAUACUGACAAAAGUCCAAAUUAUAAAAUGGUGACUGAGCUACUCGUACUUGCUGACAAAUAUCAAGUUGAAGGUCUACGGGUACUCUGUGAAGAAAUUAUCAACGAAAACGGAAAAGGCGAAUGAAUCAUUCUUCAAUAGGCUAGGUUACUUUUUGUAAUGCACAUAUCUACCUAUAAGUGUUCUUAUUUUGUAACAUUUUGAAUUACAAUUAGCUCAACUCGUAUUGUUCAGUUCAUUCAAUUAGGUAAAUUCGAAACGAAAAAAAAAAUCAAAGGAGUUUGAGAAUUUCAAAUGCGGAUGGUCCCGUUCCAAUUGCUGUAUGCAAAAAAUCUGUUUUUUCAAUUAGGUAUCUGUUAAUAGCCCUUGAUGUACGGAAUAAUAAUAAAUAUUAUAUAAGAAAA